AUGAGUGCCUACACUGGCACGAAGUGCGGUGGAGCACAAGGCGGUCAGCUGCAGGUGUGGGAGGCCACAUCCAACAACGGAGGCUGCAGUGCAAGCACCAGCAGCACCAUCACCAUCCUGUCUAGAACAACAACUUCUCCCAGCUCGCCGCCAGUGCAGUCACCUUUUUUGCGCGACUUCCCAAGUGACCAGGAGUUUCUGGAGGGCGGUGUCGAGCUGUCCCCUACAAAGGCUGACUCCACUGAAGAUUUCCUGCCGCUUUCCACGCAACCACUCGCCGCGCUGGACACGGAUGCUGCCUUGCAGCACUUCUGGCCUUCGGAUUUGGUCUCGCCUAAAGCCCUUUUCCUGGAUUACGACGGAACUUUGCGGGAGUUCGAGAGCAGCCCAGAGCUUGCAGUCCCAACAUCGGAGUUGAUGAGCCUGCUGCAGGCACUCAACGACCGUCCAGACUUGAGGCCACACAUCAUCAGCGGCCGCAGCUCCGAAUUCCUGGAAGCUCAUUUCGGAAGUCUGAACGCCUUCACUUUGAUCGCCGAGCACGGGUACCAUAUCUCACCACCUGUAGCAGACGGUGAUUGCCGGAGUUGGAAGCUUUGGGAACACUUUGGUGGCGAUGCGAAUCAUUUCACGAAGCACAAAAAUUGGAAGGCAACGCUCCGUGAGGCCAUGUCCCGACUGGCCGAUCAGAAUCCAGGCAGCCGUGUGGAGGAGAAGCAGUCAUCUCUCGUGUGGCACUACCGACAGCUGGCAGACGAGGCUGCAGCAGAUACUGCUGUUGCGAAGGCGUUUGAGGACCUGGAGCAGUUGUGCAAACGUGAGCGACUCCAGGACAUCAACCUCACCAAGGGCCACAAGGUCUUGGAGGCGUCUUACCGGAAUGUUCGGAAAGGCUUGGUAAUGAGACGUUUGUGCGAAGAGAAGGCUCUCUUUGGAGAGCCAUAUUCUGCUGUUCUAGCUGCAGGCGACGAUGUUUCGGACGAGACAAUGUUUGAGGCAGCGCCGCGAGAUUUCCUUACCAUAAAGGUCGGCGCAGGCAGCACAGGUGCCAGCUUGCGUGCUCAGACACCAGAGGAGCUGAGGCAAUUUCUUUGGCGCCUGGUGUCCUGCAGGUGA